GCCAUCACUCCACGUCUUAGAGACUGUGCCCGGCAUUUCAGCUUGUUGUAGUUUGUUUUUUUAGGCGUUCACGUCAGUGGAUAUUUUUGCACCAGGUCCAGGAUCGGCAACAAUAACAGAAAAUGCCCCCCGCCUUUGUUCGGAUGUCUUUUUAAAUAUUUACAAGUUGUCAUGUCAUCUCUGACUGGAAGAGGAAGAGAGGGCUUUCCAGCCUCGAUCCGAGGAGGUCUCUGGAGCACAGAAGUGCAGCAUCACUUUGAGACCGCAGGGAAGGACCGCCAGCCCAAGGAGCGCCCCUCUCCCGUGGGUGCCGGAGGGUCCAGGGGCGACCCAUAUCGGAAUAUGUGCCAGAGAGCAGACGAUGUCCCGUCUUACAAGUCCCUCCCUGGAUCUGUAGGAGACCGCAUCCGGACAACCAUGUCCUUUAGGACUAUAUGUAGAGGAGGCUCCAUGUCGGCGAAUCCCGGCUUUGGGAGGUCCGAUCGGAAAGUUGCUCGUUGCGAGAAGUGCUCAGCGACCCUUGUUGCUCUGAAGAAACAAGCCCUGAGCCUGGCUGUUCACCAUCACUUCUCCUGCAAGGACUUGAGUGACCUGUCAGCCUUUCUUCAUGAAAACCUCCGGGUCCACAGUCGGUCCACCACGGACUUCAGAGAAAGAGAGCAGGGGGAGUGUGGAGCCUGCGGUACAAACCUGUACCAGCUCAAGCAAGAGGCCAUCCAUGUGGCUCUGAGCCGGGGUCAGGCAUUAGCCAAGCCUUCUUUUGAAGCCAGCCUCAGCACCGGCUCGCUGUUUGGACAAAUUGAAGCAAAGCGAGGAGACAGGGCUUCGAGGGAGGCUCUGGAUCAAAGCCACGCUCCUCAGAGCCCGCGCAGCCCCAGGACGCCUCAAAGGACCCCGCAGACCCUCAGACGAAGGGGGCCCAAGCUCCCCAACCCUGAUAUGGGCCGCUGGGUGGAGGAGCAGCAGCAGCUGGUGGCUUCUAAAUCUGCAUCCAGAGCUAAUGGUGUCACCACAAACCCUUACCGUCAGGCUACAGAUGAUGCCUAUCAGAGCUGCGGGGAUGUCGGGGCUGUACAGACCACCUCUAAGAUCCCGCACAUAUCCAGAGUGGUGUCCAUCGCCAACACUGCAGCUAUGUCCUUUCUGACUAGGGCAGCUGAGAAGCUCAGCCUGACACUGAGGAAAAAGGGCCAUGCUUCUGAUCCAGCUCCCUCUCAACUCUCCACCUGCUUCAGGGAAAUCAUCCAGAAAAACCCACCGCCCGUCCCCACCUGCCUGCUGCAAGCUGCCACCAGAACCAAGGACUCGCCCAGCGUUGGCAAGGUUAAAGUCGUGCUGAGGGUGAACCCAUCGCUGUCAGAGAGCCAAGGCCAACCACCUGUUCUCCGCAUCGACCCGUCCAAGAAGAGAGUAACCAUAGUGGAGCCGGCCACCAAAAGCCAUCAGCGGGCUACCAUGACACUGGGCAGGGAUGGCAAAAGUCAUCUGAAGACCUUCACCUUUGACAGCGCAUAUCCUCAGGAGUCAAGCCAGGCCGAGGUGUGUGCAGGCGUCUUGGCUGAUGUCAUCCGCUGUGUGCUCAGCGGCAGCGAUGCCUGCGUCCUGGGCUUGGGUUGUGCUGAUGUGGGGUCCUGGUCCAGUAUGGUGGGCAGUGGUGAGAACAUUGGGAAGCUCGGCUUGAUUCCUUGUGCCAUCUCCUGGCUGUACAGCGCCAUCGAGCGCCGCAGAGAGAGGACGUGGACCGAUCUCAGUGUGUCAGUGUCUGCUAUCGAACUGUGCUGCGGGGAGGAGGACACACUGAGGGAUCUGCUGGGGGAAGUGGUUCCAUCAUUAGGCAGCAUCCACGACAGCCCGAAAGCCCACAUUAAACUCCAGGAGGACCCGGUCUACGGAGCCCAGGUAGAGCAGAAGGUUUUACCAUUAAGAGAAGGGAUUGUUAAACUCCUCCCACUGUGCCUCCCUUACCUCUGCACGCUGUGGCCCAACGUGUGCAGUGGUAUGAGGGGUGUCAACAAAAAUAAACCCCCCCAUUCUGAGCUGGGCCCAAUCGUCCUGUCUCUUCUAAGUGGACAGAAAACCACCGCGAACAAGAGUGGGAAGCUGACUUUGCUCCUUCGAGAGUCCCUGGGCCACACAAGUUGCCACACCACAGUAAUUGCUCAAAUCAUGGACUCUUUGGCACACCUUCAAGAGAACUUCUCCACCAUCCAGCUCGCUGCUCGUUUUCGCAGGACGCAGAAGAGGACGAAGCAGUCUACCUCGUGUUCUCCUUGUGCGAGGAGUCUGACGAGAGAAAAAAGAGGGCUGCAGUCGUUCUCCCUGCGGGCGUUCCACUCCACCGAUGAGGUCGACGUCGACAUCCGUCCUUUUCGCCUGCGUGAUGAGCUGGAUGAACGCUCCAGCAGUGAGCAGUCUUGCGACACAGUCAUCCAGAUAGACUCAGAUGGCUCAGUCCACCCCAGAUCAGCCCCGAGGCAGGCACUGCCCGAGUUUGUACCAAUCAUACCGUCUUUGCACCCUAACAAACCGGACUUGGACGACCCCGAGUUUGCUGCUCUCCUCCAGGAGCUUCUGAGAAUUCCUCAGCUGCAAGUAGAGAAGACGACAGAGUCUGCUCUCCUGGGGCAAACCGACGCUUUGAAAGGAGAAAAGAAGCAACCAGAGAGGGACUGUCUCAAAUGUGACACGUUUGCUCAGCUUCAAGAACGUCUGGGGUGUAUCGAUGGAAGUGAAAUGACCAUGGAUGUGCUCAGAUCUUCCUUAAAAGGUUUAAAUAAUGUCCCUGUUAAGUCCCAGCACCAGGAGGAAUCUGUAAAACGAGCAGACGCUGAAGCUCCACAGACGCUGCUGAUUAAGGGGUCGAGCUGCAGUCAGACCUCUGCUGCAGAAAAGCAAACAGACGGCGCCGGCCCUGGAGACAGUUUCCAGAGAGAAGAUUCGGGUUUGUACGACUGUGAGGAGUGUAGUGCGACCAGCUCCAGUGAGGAACUGCUCAAUCAGACUCUUGGUCUGAACGCGACCUGCCGCUCUGAGCCUUCCAACACCAGGACGCUUAAAUCAGGUAACGGGUUUUCUUCCAAGCGCUUUAAUGUGGACGCAAAGGUCAAAGCAGGGGCCAGUUCUCUUGCACUUGAACCUUCACACAAACAGGAGAAAGCUGAAACUGCUGAUUGGUUCAAAACAGACAAAAGGACCUCACCAGUUGGCAAAAGCUCCCCCAUAUCUCCUUCUUCUACCUGCUCCUCUUCACACUCCCUGGCUAAAAGUGUUAUACUCGCUGACGUCCUAAACAGUCGCCCCAAACAGGAAGUUAAGGAAAUGAAAGCCACGAUCACAGUGACGGUUCAGCAGCCGCUGGACUUAAAAGGUCAGGAUGAGCUGGUGUUCUCUAUGGUGGAAGAGGUGACCAUCAGUGGAGCGUAUGACAGAGCGAGGACAGGUGGAAAUAUUAUUUGCAUCAGAGACGGAGCUCAUUCACAGGCACAGGCUGAAGACUCAGCGAGUUCUCAGCCAAUCCAGAUCAUCAGCAACGUCGGCGAGGAAUCUGCAGCCUCAGGCUCCUCUGGUGCUCCCGAAAGCUCUGCUGUUCAUCCUGCUGGCACUGAAAAGUCCCAGCAUCAAGUCAGAAGGGAGAAAAGGGCGUUGCCUUCAUUUAUUAACCCCAUGUUGAUUAAUGCAGACGUGGAUUGUGACUUGGACAACGAAGGUCAUUGUGAAACUUUAGCAGGAGUCAGGUCAGAAUCAGAGUCCAGAAGAAAUACAGCGAGAUGUUCAGAGGACAGGGAGGUCCUUCAGCAGGAGUGUGCACCUGUAGCUUCUCACAAACAUGUCAAGAAGACUGACAAGUCUGUCGGCCACGAACGCACGUCCUCCUUUUUCCCCUCGUCCCCUCCACGGUCUCAUCGCUCUGUCAGCCGGACUCCAAGCCAGAGCUCCACGUCCUCGUCCACAAAAUCUGCCAUUCAGGGGUUUGUGAACGGCCGCCUCGCAGACUUUCUCAAGGAAAGGGCCCCCAGUCCCACUAUAGGAGGAUCGGACCAAACGACCUCGCUGCCCUCCCCGUACAGUCAGCUGACAUCUCCCCGCAUGCCCGAUCGCCUGAGUGGGCACGCGAGUGACACCACCAGUGUGUUGAGCGGCGAUCUACCGCCAGCUAUGGGGAAGACGUCGCUGCAUUUCUCUAACAGAAACAGUUUGGUGAGCAGCGGCUAUGACAGCAUGGUGAGGGACAGCGAGGCCACGGGCAGCAGCACCUCAGCCAGAGACUCCGUCAGCGACAGGAGCAGCUCGCUCCUCGGCGCCGCUCGCAGCGGCCGCUCGUCUCGGAGACGAGGUGGUAUGGAUACUCAGCAGCGCCACCUUUCCCAUGAUUCACCUCUGACCCUGAGGCGCUCGGCUAGCGGUCUGCGGUCUCGCUGGAUGGAUCAAGGAAUCCCAGAAGCCUACGAGAUCAAGGUCUACGAGAUCGACAAUGUACAGAGGAUGCAGGAAAGAGCAGGUGCUGGCAAACAGGGGCCCACGUGCUUCAGUGCCAAGCUGAAGCUUCUGGAGCACCGGCAGCAGAGGAUCUCCGAAGUCCGAGCCAAAUACAGCCACCUGAGGAGAAAAAUCUACCAUGUGAACUUUGACCUCAGCGAUUUGAUUCAUCCUCCUUUUUGCCGUAACACACAGAAGUGUACGUGGCACACUGACCCCUAUUGUCCUUCCCCAGUCGACCUAUGGCAGACGUUCGAGGUGGACUCCCUGGAGCAUCUGGAAGCACUUGAGUUGGUGACGGCGCGGCUGGAGCGCAAGGUCAGCCUCUGCAAGGCCAACGUCAUGAUGGUCACCUGCUUUGAUGGUGUCGCCGGGAGACGGCGUAAGAAGAGACGGCGAAAAACGGCAGAUCAUAGAUUCACAAAGAGAUACUGACCUACUGACCUACUGACCUACUGGCUGAAAUAUGUUUCUUUUAGACUCUUAUGUAGAACUUGUUGAUUAUCAGUGAAGUUCUCGACACUCGAGACACAGAGGUGAGAUCACCUCGUGUACACACUUGUUAUGUUGUGAAGUAGCACACUGCCUCCCCUGGUGGGAAUUCAUUUUAGACGUUCAAAAAAAUCCAACUAACCUUUACUUCCUGUUUUCCAGACAGUAGUUGCAGUUAAAUAACCUAUAAAGAUGUGUGUUUAUGCACUUUUUUAGCAUUUGGCAGUAUAUUUAAAGCCAUCACGUUCAAACAGCAUCUAAUGCUGAAAUGUUUCGGUGCUAACGAGCUCGGUACCACAAACCUGCUGAGUCCAAUGUUGGACAGUGGGAGGGACCGUCAUGUGGAACGAAACAGAAGCAGUCCAAAGUCUGCCAUGGUUAGCUUCUCAAAGAAACGGCGUCUGAUAAAAACACUACACAACAACUCAAACCUGACAAAAUGUGUUCUGGUUCUGGAAAGGCUCUGCGACGGUACAAAUGAGGGAUUCGAUCCUGGUUCUCUGGGAAGUCUUUAGGCUCAGCAAUAUCCUUUAUGUGAACACAAUCUACACAUCUGUGCAAGAGGCAACUACAGCUCCAAAUGAAGCACUUUUGUAGAAACUUUGUAGAAACUGUGAUAAGUGGACGAUCCAAAUUGUGCUUUUCUUAAAGCCAUUUUCACACAAAGCUUUAUUCCAAUUGUCUUUGUCUAUCGCACGCUUUGACAUGCUGACUGGAGUCAAGGAUCCAAUGAUCGUCCGAUUAUCAGCCUCUCUACCUCCUGAGCCACGGCUGGUCCACUGGAUGCAAACAUUUACCUCAAACUGUCCAACAAACAGAGCAAAACGAGGGAAAUGCAACGUGACGAUUAUGUUCUUCAAGUUUGCUGUUCUUCUUUGAUUGGUCAAACCAAUCAUGUACUUGUAGCCAUCGUAGAGCAGAAGGCGGUGCAGCUUUCACAAAAAGGGAAUAUCAUGCCACCAAUGAUGCCAUUGUGUAAAUAGAUUUUGGUGCUAAAACUACAAAAGUGGUGCAUUUCCUUAUUUGUAACUAGUGUAAAUAGGUAAAUGUUUAGCAGGGAUCUCAGUGAACUGUUGAAUGAGCCAUGAGGGAACAACGGUAGUGUUUGUGAAAGUUACACCAACAGAGAGGUCAUGCUUUCUCUCAGGUCGGUGAUCAAUACACUGACUGUAAAACACAUUAGUAAGUGAUUGGAAGUAGAAUAAAAGAAUGCAGAUUCUACUGACAGUGUAAUGGAGGCGUAAUUACUUUAAAGGAAUAACGUCAUGGUGUCUGCAGAGCCCUGUGGCUCCGAGCCACGGCCCAAAGUGAUCGGUGAGCAGUGCUGGGAUGUCGACCUGGAUCGAUUUGUUUAAAUAUACGGGAAAGAGUCGCACACGCGCACACGCUGGAUGUUUGUUGUUGUGAAUCAUAUUAAUUAGCAUGUUGUUGUCACUGUGAAUAA